AUGGCCAAGGAGGAGGGUGAGAAGGUCGCCAAGACAGCGUCCGCUGUGAAGACCAAGCCAGCUGCCAAGCCGGCCAAGGAGAAGGCUGCGAAGAACAAAGAGGCCGCCGCCAAGCCUGACAAGAAGGCUGUUAAAAAGACGGUCGAGAAAAAGCCGGCCAAGGGUGGCAAGGCGGACGCCAAGAAGGCCCCCAAGGCCAAAGAGACCAAGAAGGCCAAGCCUGCGCCGCGGGCGUCGCGCGCGGUGAAGGUCGAGGAAGCGCCCACGAUCUUCCGGAAAGCGGGUCAGAAGCACAUAACUCCGCCAAAGGGCGACGGCACCCGCGGGUUCUACGAGAGCCUCUACGAGGCCAACCCGCGCAGCAUCAUCGCCAUCGUGUACUGCGUGGAGUACGGGCUGUUCGGGGGCCUCAAGCACCAGGAGCUGCUGGAGCAGUACCAGGAGCUGCGCAAGGAGGGUCUGCUGAAGGGCGGCAACGGCGGCGUGCGGCCGCUCGCCGUGAAGUUCCUGGACAAGUUUAACGCCAAGUCGAAGGCCAAGGCCGCGAAAGCGCCCAAGGCGAAGUAG